AUGCGCUUACUCUCCUUAAUUACGUCUAGCAUAUUGCUUGCUAGUACGAGUGCAGAACAAUUCCAGAUCCCAGAAGUACAGAGUGCAGUCAGCUCUGCCCUCAGUCAGUACUCAAAGUACGUGCGCUAUGACGGGCCAACUGGAACUGCAGCUGCGGCCGUCGCAUCGGCCACUGCAGAAGCACAUGCCUUCCAAGCAGCUGCUGUGACUGAUCCAUCGUACUGGCUGGCGGAUAUCGCUCAUCAAGGAUUUGCACCGUAUGCAGGAAGCGGAUACACAGUUUUCAGGAAUGUCAAGGAUUAUGGUGCCGCUGGUGACGGUGUGACUGAUGAUACUGCGGCUAUUAAUAGCGCCAUCAGUGGUGGUGGCCGCUUCGGUCCUUCGUCUGGAGAGACAUCUUCAACCACGCCGGCUAUUAUUUACUUCCCUGCAGGAACAUACGUAGUCUCGUCAUCGAUUAUUGACUAUUACUUUACCCAGCUUAUUGGAAAUCCCAAUUCUCCGGCUAUCCUCAAAGCAACUGCGGGCUUCACUGGUCUCGGUUUGAUUGACGGAGAUGCGUAUCAAUCUAGCGGUAACCAGGGAUGGACUUCAACAAACGUUUUCUAUCGCCAAAUUCGAAAUCUAGUGUUGGAUCUUACUGCUAUCCCAGCAUCCGGUGGAGCAACUGGUAUCCACUGGCCUACGGCCCAGGCCACAAGUCUACAGAAUGUGGAAAUUCGACUCAAUGCUGACGCUGGUACACAAGCCCAGGGUAUCUUCAUCGAAAAUGGCUCUGGUGGGUUUCUCACCGAUGUCACUAUUACUGGUGGCCUCUACGGCCUAAAUAUCGGUAAUCAGCAGUUCACCAUGCGAAAUGUCACCAUUUCUAACGCUGUGACUGCCAUCAGCCAAAUCUGGAAUUGGGGCUGGACUUACACAGGCCUUACCAUUGUUAGCUGUAAUACUGCCUUCGACUUUUCUAUUGGCGGGUCCUCUGCAAUUGCCGCAGGAUCAGUCACAAUCAUCGAUAGUACCAUUAGCAAUACUGCCACCUUUAUCAAAACAGCAUGGACUACUAGCUCCUCUCCUGCGGGUGCAGGGAAUCUUAUCAUUGAGAACGUGGUCUUGAACAAUGUACCAACUGCGGUUCAAGGCCCGAGCGGCGUUUACUUGGCUGGUGGUACCACAACAAUCUCCAGCUUCGGUCAAGGUCAUGCAUAUACACCAUCAGGUCCCAAUACUUUGAAUGGUGCUUUUGACGCAGCACCACGACCUUCCGCGCUUUUGCAUGCCGGUUCAUCCAAUUAUUUCACCAAGAGCAAGCCGCAAUACGAGUCUUACGGAACGGAUAGUGUGGUAAGCAUGCGCAGCUCAGGAGCAAAAGGUGAUGGCGUUACCGAUGACACCGCCGCCAUUCAGGCUGCGAUUAAGUCGGCCGCAUCUUCGGGAAAGAUAGCUUUCUUUGAUUAUGGUAUUUACCUUGUUACCGAUACCAUUUAUAUCCCCCCCGGCUCUCGAGUAGUCGGUGAGGCGUAUCCCUCUAUUAUGGGAAGUGGCAGCAAAUUUACCAACAAAGAGGCCCCUUAUCCGAUCGUGCAAGUUGGUAAGAGUGGAGAUUCGGGAAGCAUCGAAGCUUCUGAUAUCAUUGUCAGCACCCAAGGUGGCGCAGCUGGCGCUGUUCUGAUCGAGUACAACCUCAACGGAGCCCAAGGAUCCGGUCUUUGGGACGUUCAUACUCGUAUUGGUGGCUUUACGGGCUCUAACUUGCAAGUCGCCAACUGCCCGAAGUCUGCAGCAGUGCGUGAUACUUGCGAAGCAGGCUUUUUGUCUCUGCAUGUCACGAGUUCAGCAAGUAACGUUUACCUGGAGAACAACUGGUUUUGGACAGCCGAUCAUGAUAUUGACGAUCCUUCCAACACUCAAAUUUCAGUUUAUAGUGGUCGCGGGGCCCUGGUUGAAGGUAGCAAUAUUAUCAUGUAUGGAACCGGCGUCGAGCACCAUCAACUUUAUCAGUACGAGUUUUCCGGUGCAUCCAAUGUGAUGGCCGGAUUUAUCCAGACCGAAACGCCUUACUACCAACCACAACCAGAUGUCAAAUCAGGUCCUUAUGCGUACAAUGCAACCCUUAAUGACCCGGACUAUAGUACUUGCCUCCCAGGCAACUGCGAUGCUCUAGGAUUGUACGUCACCAACAGUCACUCAGUCUACAUAUACGGAGCUGGUCUAUACAGUUUCUUCAACGAUUACAGCACAACCUGCUCGAACGCUGGUAACGGGGAGGCCUGUCAAAGCGAGAUUUUCCGUGUAGAUGGAUCAACAACUGGAUUGAGGGUGUAUACUCUCAACACUGUUGGAGUAACCAAUAUGGUUGAAGUGGAUGGUACCAGCAAGGCCGUAUACUCCGAUAAUAUCAGUGUCUAUACCGACGGACUCGCGCUGUUUACAUACAACUAAAUCAGCUCCGGUAUUUG